AUGGAUUCAGCAACAGAGGAGAACAACCAGCCAACCAACGACAACGAAGACCUCAAAGCUAACCUCAACGCAUCCGACGCCCAAUUGCAAGACGCCUGGACUACUGAAGACCUCAGCAACGAACCAUUUCUUGAAAGCUUGAGACGGUGCGAACGCCUUCUGACAUACCUGCGCACGAGGGUGGACUUCAUGGUCUCGUCGGACGAAGCCAUGGAGAGAGGCGACAGAGCCGCCGUCAACGCAAUUCGGAGGAGACGAGACGAGCACGAGGCGCAGUCUGAGUUCGCGGGACCGCCAGCCGAACAAGCCAUCAGCAGCGACAGCAAGCAGGGCGUGAAUGAGGGAGCGGCAUGGUCGAUGGCGACCGAGACGCACCGGGCGCACGAGCACUAUGCCGGGUCGUGA